GUCACUCGUCCGGAGUGCGGAGUAUGGCAGUGGAUUCAUGAGCUCCGACAGAAGAACACUUCUUCUCCACGAGCUUUGAUAUGGAAACAAUCUGGCUGGAUUAAACAAGUGCUCCGAGAGGUUGAGAAACACUCCUGUGUUUACGGAGUGACACAGCUUCCUCAGGUCCUGCCCAUGAAAGGUUAAGUGUUAUCUGAAGACUUUCCUCAGAAAGAGAGCGCGUGUUGUGUCUGAUGCAAACGGGAACAUUUAGAGCUGGGAUCCCUUCCAAAGCCUCUGGGUGUGUCAGACAAAGUUGAAUGUUUUCAGCUGGGCCUCCUUCAGUCUUUCUUUUCCUCGUUCUGUCCUGUGGAAAGGCUAAAGAGUGCUCCAUUACCCUUCAUCUCGACCUCCACAUCCUCACCUCAGAAGAGUUCAUGGGAAUUUAAGACCUUUUGCUCAUAACUGGAUUUCUACUGAGAUUUGUGAUCAAACAAAUGACGGCGUUCAGGAGGAAUGCCAGCUCUGAAGUCAAGCGCCGGCUCACAGGAAGCUGCUGUGACAUCACUGAACAGCACUGCCACCAAUAUCCUGGCUUCUGUCAAAGAACAGGAGCUGCAGUUUGAGCGCUUGACUCGGGAGUUGGAGGUGGAGCGACAGAUUGUGGCCAAUCAGCUGGAGCGAUGCCGACUGAGUUCAGAUUCACCCGGAGCGGCUAGUGGAGGUUCCUCUGAGACGUCUCUUCCCUGGAGAUCUGCAGGGUCUACCCAGAUGAACUCUUACUCUGAUAGUGGUUAUCAGGAUGCGGUCAGCUACUACAGCGGUCCGGCUCAGAGACUUCAGACCUCACUUCCUGCUUCAGGAGGAAGCUCCACGCUGCAGAGGGGCUCCAGGGCCGAGGGCCAGGCUGCAGGACACCCCCGAACACAGGAGCUACAGGGGUCGGGAAUGAUGGACGGGACUAAACCAGGUCGUGCUAUGCGCCGUGUUGGUUCAAUGCCCGCUCGUGUUCAGCCGCUGUACAGAAGCAGCGUCUCUCCGUCUCGAGGGUCUCUUCGGACCACUGGAAGCUCCUAUGGGUCGCCGAUUACGACUGAACCUAAAGCUCUUUUCACAAGCGCCACACAGAAGGCCUCUCCUUCCUCCCGCUCCAGCUGCACCACCUCACCCUAUUCUGGAGCGGUGGGCUCUGUGAGAGAAGACCAGCACGCAGUACCACAGCAUUAUGGGUCGAUGAUGUCAAGGACGUUUCUGCAUGACGUAUCUAAUCCAUACAUUACACACAGCUAUGAGAUCUACGAGCGGAUAGACCCGCGACCAGACAACUUCACAGGUGUGCGAGCGUCUUAUACAAGUCAACACAGUCAGAUGGGUGCUGAUCUGAGGUCAGCCGCUUCCCCUGACCGCUAUAUAGGACCUAUUUAUGAGGACCGGACGUUUCAGAGACCCCUGUACCACAGCCUCAGCCAGACAGCUGCAGACCUGAACCACAGCCCACAGAGUCCACUCUACAGGUCGCCUUUCGGUAUGAGUAACCUGCAGCGGAGCUCCAGUCAGCGCAGUAACAUGAUGUACCAAAGAAAUAACUAUGCUUUAAACACCAUAUACACAGAAGCAUACCAAUCUACCCCUUACUGGUCCCCUGAUCCCAGCUACACACGCCAGCCCAUGGAUGAUGAUGCUACACGCUCCCCUUCGAUAGAUAGCAUGCAGAAGGACCCAAGAGAGUUUGCAUGGCGUGACCCAGACCUACAGGAGGUCAUCCACAUGCUACAGCAUCAGUUUCCGUCUGUGCAGGCUAAUGCAGCGGCAUACCUGCAACACCUGUGCUACAAAGACAACCACGUCAAGACCGAGGUGUGUCGUCUGGGAGGAAUAAAACACCUGGUGGAUUUGUUGGAUCAUAAGGUUCUGGAGGUGCAGCGGUACGCAUGCGGAGCCCUGAGGAACCUCGUUUAUGGCAGAGCUACAGAUGACAACAAGAUUGCCGUGAGAAACGCAGGUGGAGUUCCUGCACUGCUUCGCCUGCUGAGAACAACAGUGGACACUGAAGUACGAGAGCUGGUCACAGGUGUGUUGUGGAACCUGUCUUCGUGUGACGCAGUGAAGAUGACAAUCGUCCGCGAUGCCUUAAGCAGCGUGACCAACACUGUGAUCAUCCCUCACUCGGGCUGGAGCAGCGCUGACUAUCACCACGAGCACAAGCUCAAGCUGCACUCCUCGGUCGUGCUGCGCAACAGCAGCGGCUGUCUCAGGAACCUGAGUUCAGCUGGAGAAGAAGCCCGCAAAUACAUGCGCUCCUGCGAGGGACUCGUGGACUCACUACUGUACGUCAUCAAAGCUUGUGUCAGCACCUCUGACUUCGACAGCAAGAUUGUGGAAAACUGUGUCUGCAUCCUGAGGAAUCUCUCCUAUCGGCUGGAGCUGGAAAUAUCCCCCUCCGGUCUGACAGCCAAUCAGGAGCUUGAUGGGGUAAUGGGGUCAGAGUCACCCAGAAAAGAGAAGGAGAACAGCUGCUGGGGGAGGAAGAAGAGAAAGAAGAAGAAUAUACCUGAAGAACAGUGGGACGGUGUCGGGCCGAUCCCGGGCUUUUCCAAGUCUCCUAAAGGUGCUGAAAUGCUGUGGCACCCAUCUGUAGUGAAGCCCUAUCUCACCCUGUUAGCUGAGAGCUCAAACCCUGCCACACUAGAGGGCUCGGCCGGGUCACUCCAGAACCUCUCCGCAGGAAACUGGAAGUUUGCGGCGUAUAUCCGUGCAGCGGUGCGUAAGGAGAAAGGUUUGCCCAUCCUGGUGGAGUUACUGCGCAUGGAUAACGACCGGGUGGUGUGCUCCAUCGCCACAGCUCUCAGAAACAUGGCCCUGGACGUGAGAAACAAAGAACUGAUCGGGAAAUACGCCAUGCGGGACCUGGUGAACCGUUUACCGGGAGGAAACACCACACAGCUGUCAGACGAUACGGUGGCAGCCAUCUGCUGCACGCUGCAUGAGGUCAGCAGAAGAAACAUGGAGAACGCUAAAGCCCUGGCGGAUGCGGGCGGCAUCGAGAAACUGGUCAACAUCACCAAGGGCAGAGGGGAAAGCCGGUACUCUGUGAAGGUGGUGAAGGCGGCCGCUCAGGUGCUCAACACACUGUGGCAGUACAGAGACCUGCGCACCAUCUACAAGAAGGACGGCUGGAAUCAGAAUCACUUCCUGACUCCCGUCUCGACUCUGGAGAGAGAGCGCUUCAGAUCCGCACCCGCUCUACCGUCGAGCACACUACAGAUGACCCCUGCGCACCACACAGGCUACACAUUAUCAUCUCCCAUCAUGCACUCUGAUCAUCCCAAGACACAAAAUAAGCAGGUUUAUAAUUACCAAGGAGAAAACGGCAUCAGUAAAAACAGAACUAUAGGGUCUGCUAAAGCCUCUCAGUGUUACUCUUCCCUGAGCAGAGAGGGCUCGAGACGAGAGCAGAAGGCGUAUCGCACGGAUGAAACGGGCCACAGAAACCACGACACGUACCGCACAUACCUGCAUCCACCGCUCGCCCACGAGGACUCUUAUCUGGAAAACAUGGUGCACUAUUCUCCUGCUGAUUACAGCCAGACACACGGCUUCAGAAACACAAGCAACUACGCAGACUUUUACUCUUCCACCAGGAGACCGUUACACCACAGCGAACAUUACCAGGGAUCCCCCGAUUCAUGGGUGUAACACAGAAACACACCGCUUUAAAGAGAAGAGAGAAGAGGAGGCCAAGCGCAAGAAUGUGAUGGAGAAUGUGUAGCAGGAUGUUGGUUUAAUGGCAGUAAGAAGUGAAUGAUGAACUCUGUGUGUAUGGAGCAGGGGUGUGGAGAAACACAGGCCUGCAGAGUUCAGUUCAGACCCUGCUCCAACACAUAACACAGUGAACACUAACAGACCUAACGGAUCAGGCUGAACCCUGCAGGACUUCACACCCCUGAGGAAAAGAACAAUAAAUAAGUGAAUAAGGAUGAAAUGUAUAUGAAGGAUUUCAGAGGGGAUGUUGUACCUGUCGUUGUUGAGAUCGAUAAUGCUAUGGAGUCUUGUACAUAUCGUUCGUUUAUUUGUAGAUGAUUGAAAAUAGCUGCCACAUGGUUUAUGCUUUUCCUACACUGGUAAAACCUAAGUGAAUAAACAUUACAUCAGUUCAGAAUUAA